UUUUUUUCCUAAACAGUGUUUUCCCCUUCAUUUCCUCCAAAAAUUCGCAAUUAGGGUUUUACUGCUUCAUCGUCACUCAUACGAUCCUUGAAUAUCAUACUAAUGAUAAAAGCAGUAAAACUAUCGCACGGCAAGAACGAGAUAAUAGAUGCGCAUUUCUUUGUUGACACACACACACACGCACAUAUUAAUAAUUGAGGAAAAUUGGAAGAAUAGGAAGGGUUUACUCUGAUAAUUAGAUACUGGUGUUAAGGAGGUAAAUGGCGUCGGUGGCGAGGCGGAGGCGGCGGACAGUGCUGAUUCUGAGGCGGAUGCUAAUGUGCGCCAUAGGGACUAUUGCCUUGGUGACUCUGCUUUAUGUGCACGUUCAGGAAGCUAACAGAUUGCCUGCUGACGCUGUACACAAGCUCCCCUCGCAACAUGAGACUGGGUACCAAAAGCUGAGCAAAGAAGGAAGCUGGAUGCAAGAGCUUGCUGCUCCUCAUUUGAAAAAUCCUCUCACCACUGAUAAGUUGGAUAGUGCAAGCCAACGCUUGGAUUCGAACAAGUUGUGGAAGAGGCCACCUAACAGAGAUUAUGUACAUUGUACUGAACCAAGUUCAUCUUACAUAACUUACCCGGAAUCUCGAGGUUACUUGCUGGUACAUGCAAAUGGUGGCCUUAACCAGAUGAGAGCAGGGAUAUGCGAUAUGGUUGCUGUUGCGCGUCUUAUAAAUGCAACUCUUGUCAUUCCUGAAUUAGAUAAACGCUCCUUUUGGAAAGAUUCGAGCAACUUCUCGGAAGUCUUUGAUGAGUACCAUUUUAUUGAUUCUUUGGCUGCUGAUGUAAAAAUUGUAAGAAGGCUCCCGAAGGAAUUGGCAACUGCCACUAGGGCGAGCAAACAUUUCAGAAGCUGGGCAGGUGCAGAAUACUACGAGGAAGAAAUAACAAAGUUGUGGGACGAACAUCAGGUAAUUCGAGCAGUGAAGUCUGAUUCUCGGUUAGCAAACAAUAACCUUCCUCCCGACAUUCAGAAGUUGCGUUGCCGUGCUUGCUAUGAGGCCCUUCGCUUUGCUCCUAAGAUCGAGGAGAUGGGAAAGCUGUUGGUGGAUCGAAUGAGGUCUUAUGGUCUAUACAUAGCUUUGCAUUUGCGGUUUGAGAAGGACAUGCUUGCCUUUAGUGGCUGCACCCAUGAUUUAUCCUCAGAAGAAGCAGAGGAACUAAAAAGUAUCAGAGAGAAUACAACAUGGUGGAAAGUAAAGGAUAUCGAUCCUAUAGAGCAGAGAGCCAAAGGCUAUUGUCCACUAACACCAAAUGAGGUUGGAAUAUUCCUAAAUUCUCUUGGCUUUCCAUCCAGUACCCCUAUUUAUAUUGCUUCUGGAGAGAUAUAUGGGGGUGAAUCACGUAUGGCUGACCUUCGGGCUAGAUAUCCGAUUCUAAUGAACAAGGAUAAGCUGGCAUCGCCUGAAGAACUCGAGCCUUUCAUCAAUCAUGCAUCACAAAUGGCAGCUCUCGACUAUAUUGUGUCAGUUGAAAGUGAUAUAUUCAUCCCGACCUACUCGGGCAACAUGGCAAGGGCUGUUGAGGGCCAUCGUCGUUUUCUGGGACACAGAAAAACUAUUUCUCCUGACAGGCAAGAUAUUUUCAUAUUUUUUGUAGUCCAUCUCGAUGUCUACACCAUGAAAUCCCUUGUUCAUUUGUUUGAUAAAAUCAAGGGAGGAACAAUGAAAGAAGGCAAAAACCUCUCAGAUCGUGUGAUUGAUCUUCACAGACGAAGGCAAGGUUCCCCAAGGAAGAGAAAAGGUCCCAUCCCUGGAUCAAAGGGCAAAGAUAGGUUUCGUACAGAAGAGGCAUUUUACGUGAAUCCUUUGCCCGACUGCUUAUGUCAGAAAGAAAAUCCAUCCCUUAUUAUCAAGUAGAUAUAUGCAUAUAUAUAUAUAUAUUAAGGUUAGAUCAAGAGAAACUGCUCUGAUUAUUUCUAUUUACUCCCCAAAAGAUGGUGGAUGGUUGGCACAGUUCCUAGGAGUUGCUCCUUUUGUGUUUUGAAGCCCGUGAAGUUGAAUGGUGCCAUUAGGAGCAGUUUUUAAGGUGCGUUAAACUCUGCAUAUAUAGCAAAUUGAACAAGAAAUGCUAUAGUUGCAGAUUGAUUUGUUGAGAAAGGCGAUCUGUUGAGAAAGGUUGGUGCUCCAUGGGAUGAUAUGGUCUCUUAGUUGGCCCGGGUUCUUUGAGCUGGGAGAGACAUUAAAUUUUGGAGUACAUAUUUUUUUUUUUCUUUUUCAACUUUUUGCCUUUUUCAUUUUUGUGUUUAGAGUUCAUAGAUCGGAAUCGUGAUGUAGUUUUUAUGUUAAUUCGAGACGGAUUAGGAUAUAAUGUUCCACUUUCUUAAUGAUUGUUAAGGGUGUCCUGAAUACUAUGGUUGAACAAAUUUUUUUGAAAAAUGUUAGAAUUUAUGUAAUCUCAUUUUUUAAUCUCAGAUGAA